CCUUGGGGCAACGAAUAAUUUCUCUGACGGAAUUUUUCCCCUUUGUAGAAAGCUAGGGCUCAUAUCAUAUAUUCAUUGCUCCACUGGCGAUGGCAAUUCCGUCGAUUCACCGCCAUUAGCGACCCCUUCCUUCACACCCAGAUAAUGGAAGGUAAUCAAUGUGAAAGUUCAACGGUGGCAGAGAAUGGCAAUGAAGCUCCAGAUGCCGUAGCUGAUGUAAAGAAGAGGUGUUGGGAUCAAAGAGAAGCUUUACCAGGGGAGCCUCAUUGUGUAAUUUGUUGGCGCUAUGGCGAAUAUAUAUGUGACGAGACGGAUGAUGAUAUAUGCAGCCUUGAAUGUAAACAAACUCUUCUAUGCAGAGUUGCCAGAUCACAGGCCCCAGUUGGUCUCCCACCUCCUACAAGACUACCCACUACGGACGAGUGCUUUUACGUAAGAGAGAAUGAUGAAAAAUUCAAUUCUCAGUCUCUAACUAAUGAUCAGACUGAGUUGCUAAGGAGGAAACUUAAGGUUAAUGUUAGAGGGGACUUGGUUCCGGCACCCGUCUUGUCAUUUAAUUCUUGUAAUCUUCCUCAAAAGCUCCUUGAUAACAUAGAAGCGGCAGGAUAUGAAAUGCCAACUCCCGUUCAAAUGCAAGCAAUACCAGCUGCUUUGGUUGGCAAAAGCCUGCUUGUAUCAGCGGACACUGGUUCAGGGAAAACGGCUUCUUUCUUGGUUCCUGUAAUUGCCUCUUGCUCGAACUUGAAUCACGAAAAAUUCUCAAAUCAGAAAAAACCAUUGUCGAUAGUUCUUACACCUACCAGAGAGCUCUGCAUACAGGUGGAGGAGCAGGCUAAGUUGCUGGCUAAGGGUCUGCCGUUUAAAACUGCACUUGUGGUUGGUGGGGAUCCCAUGGCCGGACAACUGCACCGCAUCAAUCAAGGAGUGGGGGUGAUUAUAGCGACUCCGGGAAGGCUUAUUGAUCUUUUAACAAAACAUGACAUAGAAUUAGACAAUGUUUCAGUUCUGGUUUUGGAUGAAGUGGACUUAAUGCUUCAGAGGGGCUUCCAUGAACAAGUAUUCCAGAUUUUUCAGGCUUUAUCACAACCUCAAGUUUUGAUGUAUUCUGCGACAAUAUCAAAAGAAGUCGAGAAGAUGGCUUGCUCAAUGGUGAAAGGUAUUACUGUUGUCUCUGUUGGGAAGCCAAACAAGCCAAACGGGGCUGUGAAGCAAAUGCCCAUUUGGGUUGAGUCGAAGAAAAAGAAACAAAAGCUUUUUGACAUACUGUUGAGCAAACAGCACUUUAUGCCACCAGUUGUUAUAUUUGUUGGUUCGAGACUUGGCGCAGACCUACUUUCUGAAGCAGUGGCGGUAACCACUGGAAUUAAAGCUUUAUCAAUCCAUGGAGAAAAGCCGAUGAAAGAGAGGAGAGAAAUCUUAAGGUCUUUUCUCGUUGGAGAGGUUCCAGUGCUUGUGGCCACAGGGGUUUUGGGUCGAGGAAUUGAUCUCUUGGGUGUGAGGCAGGUUAUAGUUUUUGAUAUGCCUAUUUCUAUUAAGGAGUAUGUUCACCAGAUUGGAAGGGCAUCCAGGCUGGGGGAGGAGGGUACAGCAAUUGUCUUCGUAAAUGAGGAGAACAAGAAAAUAUUUCCAGAGUUGGUUGAUAUUUUGAAGUCAUCUGGAGCUCCUAUUCCUAGGGAGCUUAAUUCGCGAUACACAAAGACUACUUUUCCUUUAGGCAAGGGCCAGAAGAAAAGGAAGCAUAGUAGCUGAAGUUUCAGUGCCACUACACAUUCACCGGGGUCCUAUUUGGAGCAGAAAAAUGGAGGAUGAGGUUCAAAUAAGGUUCAUUGGCCACCCACCCUUUAUUCUGGACUCUGUUUAAAUCAGAUCCCCUCUGUAGAGUUUAAUGGUAACUGUGAUUGAUUGAGCAACAUUACCAGUGUGCGCUUCUCCUUUAUGAGGUAUGACCCCCUCUGUUAAACUUGGCGGACAAAUUUAUCAAAACGGGGCACACCUAUCACUGUAAUGCUGCGGUCAUUAUUUUGGACAAUGAUGUAUCACUGCAUGUGUCUGCAGGUUAGAGACUUGCUUAUGGUGGCAGGUGGCCUCAUUUUAAGCUGUAUGAAUUCUGCCAGGUGUAAAAAGGCAGAGUCAGUACGGCGGGAAGUUCUGCUCGUUGCCUCUUUGAAUGGAACAUAAAGGUUGAGACAAGCCAUCAGUCGCAAACUAUUGGUUAAAACUUGCUAUCCUCCUGUGACAUUCUAAUGGAAAUCUGAUCAAUAGGUUCCUUGGGACCUAGGAUGAUCUGCUUAUCUGAGUUUUACUUUACAUCUUUGUACCAUAUAGAAUCUCACCGAAAGUAAUACCAACCUAUGAUAUGAGCAUCAUGUCGUUCCUUUAUAUUUUCCUCUUUGUGAUGCGUUGAUUAACAUAAAAUGUACUGUGGAUGUAAAUAAAAGGGUUCUGGGAUCUUGCAUUUACCA